CACACGGCACGCAGGACACGCUGCUGCUGCUGCCGCCACCACCACCACUCAUGUGCUCAUGUGCACGGGGCAUCAACCCAGAGCUCGCGGCUGUGUUACAGCGCUGCGUGCCCGUUCGCGGGGGUCGGGGGGGGGGGUAGAAACAAUUACGACCAAUUACCGGGCAGAAACGAACGCGAUAGCGCGAUCAUCAUCAACACUCAAGUGUCGAGGUUCAUCUUCGCGUGAUAGUACACCCCCGUUAGUUUUGCGUUGCGCUCAUCGCACUCGUGCGCUGAUACAGGCGGACAGAAUGAGGCACGGAUGAGGGUAGAGCGAGCGGUCGGCAGCGAGUUUUAAGGUUGGGCUGCUGCGAUUCAUGAGCAAGCGUGCGUGGCUGGCGGUGGUGGUGGGGAGGAGGAGGAGGAGUAGGAGGAGGAGGAUCGUUGCUGUCGCCGGAAGAGAGAUCGCAUCGCCCGUUCGGGGAGAGAGCUGGGACCAGGGCUCAGCCGAGCAAGGGUCUCCGUCGAUUCGCCGCUCUACGCGGGACAAAGGAAUCUCGACUUCUUGCUGCCCCGGGCGAGAGACACCAACCCAACCGGCCGCUUGAACCACCACCACCACUCCAACCUCGCGGUCUCCCUACCCCCACACCCUUCCACGCCGUGCCCUCGGGGGUGCGCCCCUAAACCGAUGAGGAAUGACCCUCGUGCUGCCUGUGAGCGGGGUCGGGGGACUGCCCGCAGAGCCGGCCCCCGCCUGGGAGGCCCCCUCGGAGUUUGGACAGCAGCUGUGCGAGCGAACGUACCCCGACGGCCACACUCCCGAGUCGGCGUGCGGUGAGCGCCUGGCCGUGCCGCUUCAGGGCGCCACCGAGAUCACGACACUCAAGCGGAAGCACCGAGACUGUGCCCACCACGAAGGACACAUGCCGAGCUGGCUGCACGGGGGCCUGUGCGUGCCUGAGGAGCGCCUACGCCUGCACAACCUCUCCAUGCGCAAGCUGCAGCUGCUCGAUGACCCCGAGGCGCUGCUCCGCCGCUCCGUUCUCAUCAACAACCUCGUGAGACGUCUCCGCCUGGGCGCCGCCGCCGCCGCCGCCGCGGCCGCCGCCGCCUCCUCCUCCUGCUUCCCGCCUCCCUCGCCGGCCCAGGGCUGGCCGGUGCCCGCCACGGGGCCCUUUUCCAGCGGCUGGGAGUCGGCCUGCCUGGGGCCCUGGGGGCCCGGUCCCUGGACGUCGCAGGUGCCCGAGGCCCACUACCACUACCCCGAGGCCCCGGGGGGUCUCGCCGUGUCGAGCAAGAGGCCCCGCGUGGAGGACGAGCCGGACGGGGCGGUCGGCGGUGGCGGCGACGGGGAGGAAGACGCGGAAGAGGACGAGGAAGAGGAGGAGGUAGAAGAGGAAGAAGAUGAGGAGGAGGAUGAGGAGGAGGAGGAUGAGGAGGAGGAUGAGGAGGAGGAGGAGGAGGGCGGGGAAGGCGGUAGCAUUUCGACAUCCCGAGCGCAGCACCACCAACAACACCCACAGCAUCAGCAUCAUCAACCUCAUCAGCAUCACCAUCCUCCGCACAUGCGCUUUUACCCGGUGCUCAAUGCGUGCGGAGGCGGAGGAGGUGGAGGCGGACACUGCCCGGCUGCCAAUCAGAACCACUACCAUUACCACCACCACCAUCACCACCACCAUCACCACCACCAUUACCAGCAGCAGCAGCAGCAAGGGCGAGGCAGCCUCGCGGACACGGCGCUGGAGGACGGAGCGGGAGAUUACGGCGGCGCGAGCGUCGUUCCCGUGACGAAUCACGGCUACGGGACGUGCGCCCCCUACACGGGGUGCGGAUUCCCACUCAUGUCCACACAGCAGCAGCAGCAGCAUCAUCAUCAGCAACAUCAUCACCAGCAGCAGCAACAUCAUCAUCAGCAACAUCACCAGCAGCAACAGCAUCAUCAUCAGCAGCAGCUGCCGCAACAGCAGGAUGAACUUCGACUACAGGGUUUAGAGCAUCAGUCCCGAGAUAACCAUCCGCAUCAUCAUCACCACCAUCCGGAUCAUCAUCAUCAGCAGCAGCAGCAGAAUAACAACAAUCAUCAUCAGCACCACCAUCAUCAAGAUGUCCGCAGGCACCUCCGCGCUUACGCACAGCCGUCGACGCGGUGCGCUCAGGAACUGCACGGCGAUGUGUGGCGCCGCGAUUGCGUCCUUGACUGCUCCCGUGACGGGCAGGCGGCGGCGGUGGCGGCAGCGGCGGCGGCGGCGGAGGAGGAGGAGCCGCGCCGCUCACCGGCGCAAGCUCCCGGCUGCGGUGCGCUCGCAGCCGCAGCAGCCGACCCGCGCCAGUGAUGUGCAGGGCCACGUGGCCGCGGCGUCAUCGUCACUUGACGUCGUCGAGGGGUGAGCGCCGGCGGCGGCGCAGCGGGGUUUUUUGCACACUGCUGCGCUGCUGCUGCGAACACGGUGACUGGAGACUGAUCGGUGGCGGGCGAUACCUGCACUGGUUUCUGCGCAGCCCCACCCCUGCACUGACCAGCGUGGUGAAGUAUGGUCAAAUAACCCCCGCGACCGACGCGGCGUGGGGAGGCCUUCGUCCAGCAGUGGAUUGAGAAAAGGGCUCUUAAUCAGUCCGUAUUUUCUAUCUUUCACAGGUGACACAUCACCAGCAAUGGUUAAGGGAUCAUGUUAGUUGGCGUUCCUGAGCAUAGCCGGCGGGUAAUUCCACGUUCCCAUGGCGGGCCUCGGUCUCUCCGUGAGACGACCACCGUUUACAUCCUGCAAAGUGGUACUCGUUUUAUCAACCCCUACGGAAUGAUAGGCUGAGUCGACCCCUCGACUGGUCAAUUGAAGUGGCAGCUUUCUGAACGCUGUGUCCAAACUGCAUUUCUAUACUAAUUCCAUUUACAUAUUGCAUACGUGUACAUACUGUAUAGACACAUCAGUAUAGACACAUCAGUAUAGACAAAUCAACAUAGGCACAUCAGAAUAGAUAUCCGUUGAUGGUGCCACGGCCGAAUAUCGCACCGGACUUGCAAUCCAGAGGCCACCGUUUGAACUCGAUCUCCAGGCGCGGCAGCUGCAACGAUGUUGCAAGUUUCUUAAAUCCCCUUUCCCCGCCUCUGUCCACCCAUCAGUAUCGGGCAGGUCGGACCGCAGCAAGUCGACCGAUGGGUUGCUUGUGGUGGGGUGAAGUGUGGGUUCUCCUGCCAAUGUCGAGACGGUCUGGCCAGCGUGGAAGAGAAGACCAAGUGACCCCCUUGAUUGGAGCACUGGCUCUUCUUGCCAGCAGUGUGACGUGAGCUGGCAGUUUCGGGGCUGCGCCUUUAUCUGUAGACACCCGGUGUCACGUGAGCUGUUUAGCACCACGCGAAUAGCACUGUGGCAGAGGCAGGGGGUGGACUACCCCCAGACCGCAGAGGGUACCUUGAACAGGGUUGGGUUGGGGAGGGGUUCAGGGGGUGGGGGAGUAUCCUGCCCCCGUACGUAUCCAAGGCACGUGACACCUGAAGUGGCGAGUGGUGACCGUCCACUGCACGUGCUCGCCGUCGUCCUCUGCCUACGGGGGGGGGGGGGGACGUGGGUCACGUGGCGGCCGAGGCUGUUCCCUGUGAACGUUACCGUCCGUGGCAGAGGUCGCAAGCGGGUUUUGAUUCCUUACCCGUACCCGGCCGCACCAGGGUCGCAAACGGGUACCCGUACCCGGCCGUACCCGUACCCGGCCGGGUACGGGUAUCAGGUACCUGAUUGCAACCUCUGGGAUGAAGCCAUGUUGCAGGCGCGGGUGGGUUGAUUCUAGGAACUUGAAUUGUGAGAAGAGACAAGACGUUGGGAAAUGAGUGACAAUCGGUGACUCACCAGUGACUCACGGUCUACCUUUACCCGUACCCGGCCGCAACAGGGUCGCAAACGGGUACCCGUACCUGGCCGGGUACGGGUAGCCGGGUAUUGAGUAGGGUACGGGUAUUGGGUACCCGGUUGCAACCUCUGGUCCGUGGGCAGAAUCGCCAUCGGUCACGGCACACUCCUCGGUGCAGAGUCGCGUGCCCUUGACGCGCGCACAUUCUAACGGCUGCUUUGAGUGAGUUCGACGUCAAUGCAGAAUGGGGGAUAUCUUUGUUUUUGGACCGGAGGAAAAAUCCAAUGAGCUAAGAAGCUAUUUUCUUUUGUUUGUUCCACGCGCGCGUCCAGUAUGGGGCGGGUCAGCGGGUUACAGAACGGUAAAAUAAUGGUAAGCAAGUCACUCAAUAUAAAUAAGUGAUACAUAAUUUCAUUGCGGUAGUGGUAUCGAUGGAAUUGUGACUUCGAUUCAUUUAAAAAAAACUUUUUUUUCUUUAUUAAUUAUAUAAAAAAAAUAAUUCAGGUGCAUUGUAGCGCCUCUAGUGGCUGCAGGGUUCACGCAAACGUGCAAGGGAUAUGCAGGGUGGCCCAAAAGUUAGGACACGUAGGGCUAUUAUAUUUAUUGAAACAAAUCACAUAGGGUUAUUGGAUUUAUUGUAAUACAUGUUCAAACUGACUCCCAUUAACAUGAAUACACCAUGCAUGAAUUCACGUUCGAAAUUAAUUUAGGAUUAAAAAAAAAAUAGAUUACAACUUGUAAUCUUUGAACAUUCGUCAAUUCUGUUUCGUCUCAAUUCAUUCAGGGUUCUUGGUUCAGUUUUGUAAAUGUCAUCUGAAAAGUAGGAACAAAAAUGGAUAUUAAUAGUGCCAAAAUAUAAAAUAUUAGCUUAAAGAAGAGACAAUUGAAAUGUUUUAAUGCUCGCGUUAAAAUAAAUGAGAUAACCCUAUGUGUCCUGACUUUUGGGCCACCCCGUAUUAAACCGCGCCUCUAGAAUGAUCGAUUCAUGUGGUGGAUCGAUUAAUCUUAAGUGCGUUAUAUGCACGGUCCAUGUGGUCUAUGUGCACAACUUAUUCAGCCGAAAUGUUUACGAUUUUUUUUAUCUCAUCAUCAGCAGAAUUUCUGUCAAUAGCUUUUCAUAUUUUGAUGAGAAUUUCGAGACUCGAAAAAUAACAACAAUAAUAUUGUUAUUUUUGUUUUAAAAUUGGAAAAUUAAAAAUUGUUACAUGAAUGGGGAAUUUAAAAAAAACACAUGUAGGUCGUUUUUGACCUCAAAAGUUUCGAGAAUUUUUUAAAAUAUUCCGCGUGUGUCUGUACUGGGGGAGACAAAAACGGCCGGGCGUGGUAGUGGCUACACCACCCCUCCAUCUGCCGUGCUGUACCUUAAUAGGUGCUCGCUAACAGACACUUGCCUCAACAGGCUGUUAAAGGCUAUGUUAUGGGGGGGGGGGGGAAUCUGUGUCUUUGAAGCACUGCGCUAUAAACCGGGCCAACUGAGUUCGAUUCUCGCCCAUGACGACUUUGUGUCGUACGUACAGUGCUUGUGAUGUGUUAACAUCUGCACUGGGGAGACAAAGGCGGCCGGGCGUGGUGUUGGCUACAUCACCCUCGCCCACACAAAUCCUCGUCUCCUCGUGUGCCGUGGCCGUGUCACGUAGUAGAUCUUCCCCGUCCCGGCCUUAAUGGGUGCUCGCUAACGGCACUUGCCCCAACAGUCUAAAAGGCUACCGGGGUAUCUUUGUUUAGUGUGUGUGUGUGUAGCGGUAUUGUGGUGGUUCCCUUGCUGCACUGCAAACUCGAAAACCAGGGUUCGAUUCCUGGCCACGCAUAUACCCCAGACGUAGCCCGUGCCUCAACUAGGUCUACUCAGCCUAAAAAUGAGCGGUGGCCAAUAUCAGCACAGAGAAGACAAAGACGGCCGGGCAUGCAUGGUCCUGGCCAUACCAUCCCCUUCAGAAACGUGACCGUGGCCGGCCUUAAUGGGUGCUCGCAAACAGCACUUGCCCCGAUAGUCUAAAAGACUACCUUGGGUGUCUUUGUAAUACGCAGGCUACAGUGCAUACUAUACAAUGCAGAUAAGCCGAAUGCUUCAUGUAGCUGCAUAUAAAUUGUAUUAAUAAGGUGACGUUUAGGGGCGAUGACCCUUCUCCACGUUUUUUUUUCCCUUUUCAGCCUGAGCUUCAACAGCACUGCCCCACGCAGUGCCUGCAAUUGUAUACUGUAUUUAUCACAGUAAUGUGUACAAACGUGUAUAUACUGUACAUAAAACAAUACAAAGGGGGGAGAGGGGGGGUCGCAUUUUGUAAAGACUCUACCUUGCAAGAAAGGUCAUGGAAACCGAGGAGAUCUCGCGUCUUGAAAUAAAAGGACGUGCAUUGAUACA